AAACGUACAAAAGAACAGUUAAGCAGGCAAACUGAUUCCAGGAAACUAAGAUAAACGCAAAAGGAACGAGAUUGGUUAAGAUUUGGGAGGAUUAAGAGAGAGAACGAACGAAAAAAUUAAUAAAUCUGUGGCUAACUUAUUCUAGAUGCGACAUCCAUCACUGAUUACUUGAAGUUGCAAUAUCGCUGCAAAGGAAGGAAAUGGAACGUUUUACGUCAAUCCUUACAAAAUAGCCCCACAAAAUGUUGCCAUUUGCUGGUAAAUAUAGAGUUUGCUUAGGCCAAUAUCAAAAACCACGAACCUGAAGAGAUAACAAUAAGUCCAAUAUUUUUCAGUUUUGAGAGAUGACCAGUUUUAGCUUACCUGCGAUACUCUCAAUCGUCACUGCAAGGUUUCAACCCAUUCUUCAGUUCAUUUCAAAUUUCGACGAGCGUUGAAGCACAUAUCAGAUCUCCGGCAUAUCUUAACAGCUUGCAAUUGUCCAAGCGUAGCCGUUUUUCUUUUAUACACUUCUUUAUUUAUUUUCAAUUUGCGUUAAAACCAUCAUUGUCGGCGGAGAUGAAGAUUUUGCUUUUGAAGCAAUCCAUAGCGCUGUUUUGUCUACUUCUGACCGAGGUCUGUUCUUCGGAGAAUUUUCAAAUCGUCAGGGGAACACCGUGGGAUUCUUUUACGAUUCCGCCAACGAAAUGUGACGAAGACAACAAUGCUUUCGAUUACUGCGGUGAAUAUAAUGCCACUGCAGCGAAUGGUAAACGAUGUGAAUGUGUCUGCCGUGACAAGCAAGCGACCUUUUCGGUUUACAAGCAGUCUUGGUCUUGCCUUAGAGAUGAAGAUACAAGAACGCAUUUUGGGUGUAGCCAGCCAACUUUCUUUGAUAAGGAGAGAGAUGACGAUAAGCUGAGCUUGCUGGGAAGUGGUAACAAGAAAAAAUUAGAUUUGACGGGAAGUAACUGUAAAAUAAACACGAUUUCUUCAUGGUACAUGGACUGCGAUGGAAAUAAAGACACAGUUGAAUCAAUGGAAAACACGUUUGAUAUUGAAGAAGACCCUCGCAAUAAUGAGCUUGAGGUUGACGAUCUUCCCACAAACAGCCCACUCGCAGGAAGAAUUAUCAACCUGGGAAUAAGUUGCAGCCCGGAGGGUCAACAAACCAAUCAAAACUACUGCCUGUUGUUCAAGUUGAAAGGAACAACCAGCUGCCCUAUGACAGUAACGCAACCAACAACAACAACAACAACAACAACAGUGGUCGACAUGGUGUUAAAAUCUGCUCUACCAGAGGCAGGCCUGGGAAUGAAUCCAACUCAGGUUUUUACUCCUCCAAAUGUAGCUGCUGACCAAAGCAUUGCCGAUGACGGCGGCCCGGCAUCUCUGGGUGUUACUGUGGGAGUAACAGUCGGUAUUAUUCUUAUUGUUCUCUUGGUUGGAAUCAUAAUUUACCAAAGGCACAGUGCGAGAAAACAUCCUCGCACCAUCUCUGAAGUUCAAAGUUCUCAAUCAGACUCAGGAUCCCAGCCUCGUGAUCAAAAUGAGGGCUACGAGACACUCAGUACCUAUAGAUCCGCAAUAUACAGUUCAAAUUACGACGUCCCUAACGGCGGUGGAUCUGAAGACGAAAGGGCUCAUUUGCGUUCCCCUCGUGCACCCAGUACCUCUGAAGGACUUGAUAAUAACGGUCUCGACAGAGAGGAACCAUUUUACAGUACCGUGGACGAAUUAUGUUCAGAAUGCAGUGGCAAACCAGGAGAAUAUGUCGAUCCUGCUUCGUCAGAAAGGUCCCGCGACUUUCGUCCCUUCAGUGUGGAACAACAUGUGUAUAAUAUGAUGGAGGUCCUAAAUACUAACACCUCAGACAGCCCUUGUGAUCAUGGUUCCGAUGAACGGAACAACGACCAUGUUCCUUUGAGCGUAGAACAACGUGUGUCUAACAUGAUUGAGGGUCAAAAUACUGACACCUCAGGCAGCUCUUAUGAAUAUGUCGAUCCUGCUUCGUCAGAAAGGUCCCGCGAUGUUGGUCCUUUAAGUGUAGAACAACGUGUCUAUAACAUGAUUGAGGUCCUAAAUACUGACAUCUCAGAGAGCUCUUAUGAAUAUGUCGAUCCUGCUUCGUCAGAAAGGUCCCGUAACAUUGGUCCCUUAAGCGUGGAACAAGGUGUUUAUAACAUGAUGGAGGACCUAAAUACUAACACCUCAGACAGCCCUUAUGAUUAUGCUUCCAAUGAAGGAAAGCAGAAUCAUGUUCCUUUGAGCGUGGAACAACGUGUGUAUAACCUGAUUGAGGUCUUUGACACAGUAACCGAGGAUGAACCCAACAGCUCUGAUCCUAGUCACAAAGAAACUCCCGUGUACAACGUUCUGGGGGAGCCUUUACUAAAGGACGCGAGAGACACUGAAAAGACUUGUUCUAGCAUUGAAAAAGACCCUGUGUAUAACGUCCUGGAGGGGCCUGAACCGGGAAAGACAGAAGAAACGACUAAUGACACAUUGUACAAUACCAAGCAACAGGAUAAUAACAGUAACACAUUUUUGUACGCAGUUGCUUAAGAAAAGGAGACUCGAGCGAGCGAGGGAGCAAACGAGCGAGCGAACGAGCGCACCUGGGGUGAGCAAAAACUAGGGCUAAGCGGGGACGGGUGAGCAAUAAACGAGGAGAAGGGAGGGGGUGAGAAAAAAGGAAUCUUUUUGCCUCAUCCCUUCCUCCUGCUCCUUAUUGUUUCGCACUCACUCGCCGCGUGCUUUUAUACAUGUACCCCUGCUACGUAGGCUGUAGAAGGAGGCGAGGGUUUUGUUAUCCCGAAAAUCCAGAUAUGAACUCUCCUUACUUAUACCAUACAUUUCUUUGUAUGUUAGGUAUGAGAAUUAGGUGAUACCUACAUGUAUAAUAGUAAAUAUAUAUUUCUGUAAGGGACUAGGUCAGCCAAUUUUAAGCAAUUUCAGCUUUUACCGACUGCUUAUAAAAUCAACUGAAAAAUGGCAAUAACAACUUGAAACUGUGAAGAACUCUAAAGAAACAUAGGGAAGCCAAAAGCAGAAAUGGAUGGGCAAAAUUGGAGAAAAUAAUUUAAGGUACUUAAUUUAUUUAACCCUUGUUUGCUUUUUGGUCACCCAAAAAGAAACGAGCAAGCCAUUAAACAAACAAACAAACAAACAAACAAACAAACAAACAAACCAUGAAAAACAAAAGGAACGAACAAAUUUGUAAAGUAGUUCAGAAGUAUGGGAAAUAUCGUACUCCUGGUCGUUACAUCGUGUUUGCAAAUGUGGUGUUUUUUAUUUAAGAUAUCUAUAUUUAGUUCAGCGAUGAGUAAGUUAAUCGACAACAAGUGCGAGAUGACUACUGUGUUAAACACUGAGACAAUAAACAGAUGGAAAAAACUGUAAACAGAUAGUGAAUACAUGUAGCUAAUAAAUAGUUACAAAGAUUGUAGGUAAUUGCUUAUUAUAAAAUAAAUGAGAUACUACGCGAGCGCUCAUUGGUCGAUAGUUGUGUUUAGAUGAGAGUAUGUAAACACGGUUGUGACGUUUUAGAUUUGCGCGCAUUUCUGAGAAAUAUUUUAUAUAAAAGCAAGAAAGGAGUUUUUGCGUGUUUACCUAGCCUCAUCUAAACACUCGGGGUUAGGAGAAUUCUCGAAAGUUAUGCAAACUCACGAUUGCGUUUCGAGUUUGCAUAACUGUCUCGAAUUCUCCGAAUCCCGGCCUCCUAGUGUUUAGACGAGACUUGCUGCUUUUAUAGCUGAUAAAGAGACUGUAAAUAGUUUCUAACUUUAAUAAGUAAAUGUGCGGUGAAGAAAUGA